CACACGGCCCCGCUGCAGAAAGGAUUGUGAAAUUCCUAUCAUCUGUGUGCGGUUGAACAGUCGUGGCCAAAAUGUACAUUGAAGCACAUGCUCAGCCGCCUGUGACGAUGCUGCAAAGAUAAACAGAGCGCAUAACAUAGCCGUGUGUGUGUGUGAGCGUGCGCGUGCAUGUUUGUGUGUGGGUGUGGAUUCUAAUCAAAACAGUCGCGAAACAAUGGACCAAUUGUUACACCGUACAGCCUUGUGAUCGUGUGAGAAGAGUGAGCAUUGUUGUAUAGCCGGAAGCGAGCACCCGACCUGCUUCGGUGCGGCGCGGUUUGUUUGUUAAAGUCCGGGGCCGUUUUUGUCGCCAAUUUCGACGCCGUACAUCAUCUGCCAUCGUCGCCAUCGUGCUGUGAUCAUUCGGCGCGAGCGUGUUUUUUCGCACACUGCACCACUGGUGGACGGUUUAGCUCGGUGGCGGUCAAAAGUGUCGCGCAUACCCACCCCACCCGCAUGUUCUGGAAGGCCGCGGAAGCUCUUGACGAAACGUAACUCUCGUUUGCGUGAAUAGUGUGCGUCCAUAGACGGGUCCGGUUGCCCGUAGAUACGGUUUCUACCUCCCAGCCUACCCAACCCCCCCAGCGGCUGUCCAACAUCCUUCGAGACACAUACACACACGGCCAGGGUCCGCCGGUCGCUAAAUGAGUAGAGCGCUUUUUGUCAUUCCGCAACGCUUGCUAUCAAUCGUCCGAUGUAACCAGGUUUCAUUGAUAACGCGCCAUUCGAGCAAAAUGAGCGAACAGCCGGAGAGUAACAUUGUGAAGGGUGCUGAUAGUUGGUUCAACAAAUACUCGGCGGUAGAAAGUUCUCCCGAGGGCACGUUCAAGGGGGUGAAGGACCGGUUCAAUGGCAUCACGGUGGACUCGAGCAUGGAAACCUGCAGCCCCGACUGUUUUCCAACCGUGCUGAAGCGAUCGCUCGACCAUUGGAUUCAAAGCAAAACCCGUGGCAUAUGGUUCAAAGUCCAUCUGUCCGCCGCCAGCUGGAUACCGGAACUAGUUAAUAAUGGAUUUCAAUUCCACCAUGCCAAAAAUUCGUUUGUGAUGCUGUAUCGCUGGCUGCCGACGGACGAGUCGGCCAACAUUCCACCGUACUCGCACACGAUGGUCGGGGUCGGCGCGCUGGUAAUGAACGAGCGCCAGCAGGUGCUGGUGGUGAGCGAAAAUUACGCCCUCAUCGCUGGCUCCUGGAAGCUACCGGGAGGCUAUGUGGAACCAAAUGAGAAUUUUAUCGACGCCGCUAUCCGGGAGGUGGAGGAGGAGACCAACAUCCGGACGCGGUUCGAUUCGGUCGUCUCGAUACGGCACGCGCACGGCGCCGGUUUCGGGUGCUCCGAUCUGUACAUCGUCAUGGCGCUGACGCCGCUGACGGAGGCAAUUUCCAAGUGCAACCGGGAGAUUGCCAAGUGCGAAUGGAUGGAUGUGAACGAGUACCUGAACCACCCGAAGGUACACGAAACGAACCGCAACUUUGUGCGCACGUACCUGGAGUACAAGCGGCUCGGUUUGCGCAUCGACUGUGCCGAGGAGAUGCACCAGGUGCUGAAGAAGCGGUACAACGUGUACUCCGUUACCAAGGUGCCGGAGGUCGGCAGCAGCAGCAGUAGUGAUAGCAGUAACAGUACCGGCACGCCGAAAUUAUAGCGUCCGAGCGAGUACGAUGCCGCUGGCGACGGCAUGUCACCGAAAGGAAGGAUUCGAUGACUGACCGCUGGUCGGCGUGCGUAUUUGGCAGGUAUGUUGUUACCCGCAGACGAUUGCAAAGUGGAAUUAAGACGUUGUUUUUCUUGUUUUACCAAUAUUACAUCUGCUCUGGUGGAUAGAA